UAUAUAUUUUAUACAGUAGUAGCUCGCUAUAGGCCGGCCAUCUGGCUCUCUCCUUAUCCGUACUCACCGCCGUUACCUGAACGAGCUAGCUCGGCCACUUGUUCCUCCAUCUUCUCAAAAUAUUUGCUGCUGCUGUCUACGCUCGUUCGUUCCCACUUGUGCAUACAUACGUAGUGGCCACUGGCCAGUGCUGCCUCCAUUUCUGAUCUCUGCAGUACCCGGCCGUGGCCCAGAUCUGGAGAGAGGUUUUGAAACGGUCGGGGAGCUAGGGAGCGAUGGAGAUGAAGGCGACGCAGAGCGGUGGCGAUAUUGCAGGAGCAGCAGGGAGGAGAAGCAGCACGAGGACGAUGGCAGUGGAGAGGAAGGAGAUCGAGAGUAAGAGGAGGCAGCACAUGAGGAGCCUCUGCUUCAAGCUCGCCUCCCUCAUCCCCGAAGAACACCACUCCAAGGGUACGAUGACCCAGCUGGGUAGCCUGCACGAAGCGGCAGCGUAUAUCAAGAAGCUCAAGGAAAGGGUGGACGAGCUGCAGCGAAAGAGGAGCGCUGCACAGCACUUGACUGGCAUGAGAGGAGGAGGAGGUGGCGGCGACUCGACGUCGGCGGCGGCGGCGGCGACGACGAGCAGUGGCGCGGGGUCAGAAGAAGGCGACGACGAAGCCUUGGCGGCGCCGGUGGUGGAGGUGCGGGACCACCACGACGGGUCGAGCCUGGACCUGGUGCUGAUCAGCAGCAUGGAGCGGCCGUUCAAGCUGCACGAAGUGAUCACCGUGCUGGAGGAAGAAGGAGCUGAGAUCAUCAACGCCAACUUAUCCGUCGCCGGACGCAAAAUCUUCUACACCAUCCACUCCCGGGCCUUCAGCUCAAGAAUCGGCAUAGAGGUAUCGAGAGUUUCUGAAAGACUAGGAGCAUUGGUAUGAUACCAAACUGGUAUGCCUGUAUAUUGCAAAAGUGUAGAAAUAUCGCAGCACAUUAAGUUUGUACAUGCUGCUUAUUACGUAAAAUUUUCCCAUGUCCACAUUUCCCAACAUGAUGUACGAAUAAAUAUUGUGCUUACCUAAAGUUCUGCUUGGUAAA